UGCCAGCAGCGAGCCUGUCUGAAUCAGGGUUAAGCUACUAUAUGUUUCAGUGCUGCUCAACCUGAUAAAAUUCUAACGUCAUAUUAAUCGGUUUUGUGUCUGGUAUUGGGUCCAAAUUAUUGGGCCGAAAUCCAACACACAAAGAAAAAGAAGAAUCGGUUUUGUGACAUUGUGACACACAACCUAUCACCGAGUCGCUAUUUUGAUCGAUCAUCAAAAGCUUCAAAAAAAGAAUAUGCACGGCCGCGUUAGAGUCCGCACCACGGCUGAACAGGAAGCGAUAAAGAAAGUCGAGAGAGCCAAGAAGGUUGCCGAGUACAAAGCUGCGAUUAGUAUAGUUUUUCAAAAAAGAAAAGAGAAUGUAUGGGAUGAUGAAUUGUUCCUAAUUACGGAAAAAAUGUGUUUAAAAAAUCCCGAUAUUUAUACGUUGUGGAACAUUCGACGUCAAGCAUUUAAUGCAAACAAUUGGUCAAAAGAUAUAUAUCAAGAAAGAUUACUGAAGGAAUUAACAUUGACUGAAAAUUGUUUACGAGAAAAUCCAAAGUCUUACAGUGCAUGGCAUCAUAGACAUUGGGUGAUUGAUCACUUACCUGAUAUCAAUUGGAAAGCUGAAUUGGCACUGUGUACAAAAUAUCUCAAUAUGGAUGACAGAAAUUUUCAUUGUUGGAACUACAGGCAAUACUUAGUUACAAAGGCUGGAGUACCCGAUGCAGAAGAAUUUGAAUUUUCUACAGCUAAGAUAUUGAACAAUUUUUCAAAUUAUUCAUCAUGGCACUAUAGAAGUAAAAUAUUAUCAAAAAUGUUCCCUGAUGAAUCAGGAGAAUUACCAAUCCAAAUUGAAAAACAUAAAGAAGAACUUGACCUUGUAAUGAAUGCAACAUUUACUGAUCCAAAUGAUUCAAGUGCUUGGUUUUAUCAACGGUGGCUCUUAGACUACCACAAUGUAUCAACUUGUGCAUUUUGGAGAGCACAAAUUACUAACUCCGAAAUUACUGCAGUAUUUCAUAAAGAAGUUUCAAUUGAUCCAAUGACAACAUUUCUAAAAAUCCAGGACAAUAAAAUUCCUCUGAUAUGGAAAUCUUAUGGCGAUAAAAAGUUUUCAAAGUUGUGGUCUGCAACUUUUUCAGAACCAUUAAGCAUCUUUCGCAAUGUGGACAUGAUUCAGUUCCAUUUCGAAGGAACCAGUUAUUCUUUCAGACCAUCAAAUCAAGUACAAACAUGGAUAGCAGAAAGUACAGGUUUACGUAUAAUUAAAGAUAAUUCACAGUUUAAAGAGCAAUUAGACAAUUACAAACAACUGAGUGAGAUGGAACCAAAUAAUAAAUGGGCACUACUUACUAGGAUAUUUCUUAUGAAAAAUAUAGACCCUAUUGCCUAUCAUCAAAACAUACUAAAUGACAUCAGUGCCUUAUCAAAGAUUGACAAACUUCGUUCUAACUAUUUCAAUGACCUACGCAGCAGAUAUGCACUGGAUUUUGUCCUGCAUCACUUGAUAAGAGGGACAGACAUAGAAGUGGAAUCAAAAAUAGAUUUUUCAGGACUGGAUCUGACAAUGUUUUAUAAUGAACAAUAUUGUAGCUUUUUGGAAGAAGUGAAUCUUAAUUCAAAUAAGUUAGGGAAUUCAUUAUAUCGUUUGCAAACUUUACAGAAUUGCAGAAAACUGUCUUUGUCAAACAAUGACAUUAAGACUUUAAAAUCAUUCCCAACUUUGAAAAAAUUGGAAUAUCUAUCUCUGCAAAAUAAUGAUUUGUUAAGUGUUGAUGAAAUAAUAGACGUCGUAAAACGACAUGAUUUAAAAAUAUUAGAUAUCCGAGAUAACCCAGUAAACAAAUCAAAUAAUAUUUCACGUAUAUCAAACAUUUCACCAACCUUAGAAAUAAUAAAAAAUUGAGUAUUCAAUUGAUGUAAAUAUUAGAGAAUGCAUUGAUUAGAUUGUGUAAAUAUCCAUGAUCAAUUUCGUAUUUUAAAUAUGCGAAUACAAUUAAUAAUUGAAAGCAGCUUUUGGUAUGCAAUUUCAUACGCUUGUUUGCAAUGUAUAGUUCAAGAUUAAAACAAUUUGAUAAGAAAACGUUGACUUUGUUAAUGACUAAUAUUACUUGUCCUCAAACUUAUUUCCAAUAAAGGGCUUCUAGUUACAGUUAA